UUCAAUAACGAUAGUCAGCCGUUGCACGGCGAAUGGCAUACAAUUUCAACGAUGUGGCAGCCCGUGUAAGAGUUUAUAGUCAGCUGUUAUUCACGUAACUUUUACUCUUUCCUUCGAUUUUGGUUGAAAUCUAAUUGCUGUUGAGAUGGUUCGACCAACACUAGUGGCGCUGGCCAAGCGGGUACCGCUUAUACACUUCCGCAAGGGUGGAGCGGGAGUGCCUGGCGCCCAGACAGCAAACCAGCAGGCAAGUUCCCAGCCAGCAGGAGGCAAAAAGUUGGCUGGUGGACCGGCAAUCGAGGACUACGAGCUGCCGGCACGGUUUGCCCGCAAGCCAAUCGAUCCCGUAGAGGCGGCGUACAUCAACAACGGGGGUAUUCCAAACUGAAGGGUCCCCAAAGACUGCUGCUCAUAAAAUGUAACACAAGUUAAUGUCACAGCUGUUUUAGACGUUUCGGAUUAUCCCACAUGUUUAGCGUAAAUUAUUCAAGUUCGAAUUAAAUUGAUUCAAAUGAA